AUGGAUGUGCAUGGAUUGGAGAGUUGCGUGAUCUGCAGAAACACGCAGAUGAUGGAUGUGAUUUUGCUCAAGUUUAUUGUGAAUUUCUGUCUGUUGGAUGUUCUCACAAGAUGAAGAAGAGAGAUGUUGGUGAUCAUGAAAACAAGUGCAGCAAAGAGCAUAUGCGAUUACUCCUAAAGAAAGUUGAUGAUAUAAAUGCCCGGCUUCAACAUCAACCUUCUGAACGCUGCAAGUUCAUGUGGAGGAUAGAGAACUGGAGCGAAACUCUUGAAAAUGCCAAAAGAAAACAAACAACAGAUUUGCAUAGCAGUGCCUUCUACACGGGUUAUCCAGGAUACAAAUUAUGCAUGCGUAUCCACCCUGAUGAUUGUACAAGUGGUUAUGUGGGUGUGUAUCUAGUCAUCAUGAAAGGUGACUUUGAUCAUCAAUUGCGGUGGCCGUUUCCUUAUUCCUAUAGACUAACUGUCAUCGACCAGCAGCCUGAUGGAAACAAUGUGAGCAUAUGGUUUGAUCCAACUGCACCAGGUGCAGAGAGUAGCUUUGAGAGAAAAACUCAUGAAUUGAAAUCAUUAGGAUUAGGAUGUGGGCGCACUAAAUUUAUUAGUCACUUGGACUUGACAAAGCGGGCUUACAUCAGAGAUGACUCUCUACUUGUACGUGCAGAAAUUCUGAUCAAGAAAUAAGACAUCGAACAUGCAGUAUCAGUUGAUACUUCAAUAUCAGCUUAGUGCA